CGGGCGCGGUGCUCGCGGCCGCGAGUGGGCGGGCAGCACCAGAGGUGGAGCCUGCUUGUCGGCCGCGGUGCGUCCAGGAUUGUGGAGUAGAAGGUGCGUGCGGCGGCCUCGCCAUGACCGCGGCCAUGAGGCAAAGGUUUGACCGGUUCCUGCACGAGAAGAACUGCAUGACCGCCGUGCUUGAACAGAUCGAGAGCAAGACGGGCGUGAAGCGCACUUACAUCGCCACUGCCAUCGUUGGCGUGGUGGCCGUGUACUUGGUGGUUGGCUACGGCGCAUCCCUACUCUGUAACGUCAUCGGCUUCGGCUACCCUGCCUACGUCUCAAUCAAGGCCAUUGAAAGUCCCAACAAAGAUGAUGACACACAGUGGCUGACUUACUGGGUUGUGUAUGGUGUUUUCAGCAUAGCAGAAUUCUUUUCUGAUAUCUUUCUUUCAUGGUUUCCUUUCUACUACAUGAUAAAGUGUGCCUUCCUGUUGUGGUGCAUGGCUCCAAGUCCUUCUAAUGGGGCAGAGUUUCUCUAUCAUCGAAUUAUUCGACCUUUCUUUCUGAAGCAUGAAGCUCAGCUUGACAGUGUUGUUAAAGACCUGAAAGACAAGGCUGCAGAGACUGCAGAUACCAUCACUAAAGAAGCCAAGAAAGCAACAGUGAACUUACUCGGUGAAGAAAAGAAGAGCACUUAAACUACUAACUGGAUAAAGUCUCCCUGCCACCUCCUGUAUGAAGCUUGAUGUUACUGGGAACUGUGGUAUAAUUUUAAUAAUAUUGCCUUGGAAACAUUUUGAUAUAUAAAGGAAUGUGUUGUAAGUUUGCUUACUGCUUUGCUGUGUCUGUAUAGAAAGUAAGCAUUUUUAUUUAAAAGCAGUGCAGUGGGCAGCACCCAAAGUUUAAUGAAAAUAUUUUAUUCAUCUUCAUGCAGAAAUCAUCUUUUGGUAAUCUCUUCCUCCAGUUACAUAAAUAAAAAGUAUAUAUCCUACAGCCUCUGCACUUAAGUUGUCUC